AUGACUACAAAAGAACAUACUGUAGUCCACGAGGCUCAUAACGUCAAUGCUCGUCAAGCUCCAGAACAUUUCUAUAAAUCUCAACCUGGUAAAGGUUACAUUACCAGUAUGGAUCAAUAUUACAAAAUGUAUAACGAAUCCAUUAAUAACCCAGAUGCUUUUUUCUCUAAAAUGGCUAAAGAAUACCUACAUUGGGACAGACCUUUCACCAAGGUUCAAACUGGUUCAAUUGAAAAAGGUGAUUCUGCUUGGUUCUUAAAUGGUGAAUUGAAUGCUGCUUAUAACUGUGUUGAUAGACAUGCUUUCGAAAACCCUGAUAAAACCGCCAUUAUCUAUGAAGCUGAUGACGAAAAGGAAAACAGAAUCAUUACCUUUGGUGAAUUGUUAAAACAAGUCUCUGAAGUUGCUGGUGUAUUACAAAGUUGGGGUGUCAAGAAAGGUGAUACAGUCGCUGUCUACUUGCCAAUGAUCCCAGAAGCUGUCGUCGCUAUGUUAGCUGUCGCCAGAUUGGGUGCUAUACAUACUGUCGUUUUUGCUGGUUUCUCUGCCGGUUCACUAAAGGAUCGUGUAGUUGACGCUGGUUGUAAAGUUGUCAUCACUUGUGAUGAAGGUAAGAGAGGUGGUAAAACUGUCAACACUAAGAAAAUCGUCGAUGAAGGUUUGAACGGUGUCGAUUCAGUUUCUCGUAUUUUGGUUUUCCAAAGAACUGGUACUGAAGGUAUCCCAAUGAGAGCUGGCAGAGAUUUCUGGUGGCAUGAAGAAACCAAGAAACAAAGAGGUUACUUACCACCUGUUUCUUGUAACUCUGAAGAUCCAUUGUUCUUGUUAUACACUUCUGGUUCUACUGGUGCUCCAAAGGGUAUUGUUCACACCACUGGUGGUUACUUGUUAGGUGCCGCUUUAACAACUAGAUAUGUUUUCGAUAUUCAUCCUGAAGAUGUUCUAUUUACUGCUGGUGACGUCGGUUGGAUUACCGGUCACACUUACGCUUUAUACGGUCCAUUAGCUUUAGGUACCGCUACAAUUAUUUUUGAAUCAACUCCAGCUUAUCCAGACUACGGUAGAUACUGGAGAAUUAUCGAACGUCACAGAGCCACUCACUUCUACGUUGCUCCAACGGCUUUAAGAUUAAUCAAACGUGUUGGUGAAGCCGAAAUUCCAAAAUAUGACACUUCUUCCUUACGCGUGUUAGGUUCUGUCGGUGAACCAAUCGCUCCAGAUUUAUGGGAAUGGUACCACGACAAGAUUGGUAACAAGAACUGUGUUAUUUGUGACACUAUGUGGCAAACUGAAUCUGGUUCUCAUUUAAUUGCCCCAUUAGCCGGUGCUGUUCCAACCAAACCAGGUUCAGCUACUGUCCCAUUCUUCGGUGUCAAUGCCUGUAUUAUCGACCCAGUCAGCGGUGUUGAAUUAGAAGGCAAUGAUGUUGAAGGUGUUUUGGCUGUUAAGUCUGCUUGGCCAUCAAUGGCUAGAUCCGUAUGGGACAACCAUGACAGAUACAUUGAUACCUACUUGAAGCCAUACCCAGGUUACUAUUUCACAGGUGACGGUGCUGGUAGAGAUCACGAUGGUUACUACUGGAUCAGAGGUAGAGUUGAUGAUGUUGUUAAUGUUUCUGGUCACAGAUUGUCUACAGCCGAAAUCGAAACUUCUCUAGUUGCUAAUGAUAAUGUUUCUGAAUCUGCCGUCGUUGGUAUUCAUGAUGAUUUAACUGGUCAAGCAGUUGUCGCAUUCGUUUCUUUGAAGAACUCUGAUUAUAUACAAGAAAAUGCCACUGAAGGUGAUGCUAACCAUGUCACCCCAGAUGCCUUACGUCGUGAAUUAGUCUUACAUGUAAGAUCUGAAAUUGGUCCAUUUGCCGCUCCAAAGACUGUUAUCUUAGUCAGAGAUUUACCAAAGACCAGAUCUGGUAAGAUCAUGAGAAGAAUCUUAAGAAAGGUUGCCUCUAACGAAGCUGAUCAAUUAGGUGAUUUAAGUACUAUUGCUAAUGCAGAAAUUGUACCAUCUAUUAUCUCUGCUGUCGAAACCCAAUUUUUCAACGCUAAGAAGAAAUAA